GAAGGAGGGAGGGAGGGAAAGGGGUAUGGAGGGGGGGAGGUGGGCUGUCCCCGCCGGCGCCAUGUGAUGCCCUCUCCUCCCCGGGCUCUCCCGGCGCGGAGCAUCCCCGAGCAUCCCCGGGCGGGUAGGAGUUGCCGGCGUGUGGAUGUGGAGCCGUUCCUGCUAUUCGUCUGUCUCUGUGUCCUGAUCUUGUGCUUCACUCGUGUGAGUCGGUUGGAGGUGAAGAGCUAAGGCUGAGCCCUCUCUUCCAGUUCAGGAUCUCUCCUCUACCCACUGCUGAAGCCAUCCCACUCCCAGCUUCUCCUAGAGCCAUCCAGCAGCUGGAGCAUCUGCCGAGGACCCUCCUCACCGUGACACUCGCUUUGCAGUCAGUCGGCCAGAACCUGAGCUUCCCAUCUCUACAGCUAACGUCACAGGUUUUCUGCUUACCAAAGCGUUGCUUCAACUGGGGUUGAAAGAGCCAUCCCCACCGCCGCCUCGGCCUCCCAUGCUUUUGGGAAUGAGCGCCUGCAGCAGGAAGGCGCUGACCCUGCUCAGCAGCGUGUUUGCCGUCUGCGGCCUCGGUCUCCUGGGCAUCUCUGUCAGCACCGACUACUGGCUCUACCUGGAGGAGGGCAUCGUCCAGCCCCAAAACCAGACGGCAGAAAUCAAACUGUCGCUGCACUCGGGGCUCUGGAGGGUCUGCUUUCUGGCAGGGGAAGAGCAUGGCCGGUGUUUCACUAUCGAAUAUGUCAUGCCUAUGAACAUCCAGCUGACGUCUGAAUCCACAGUCAACGUUCUGAAGAUGAUCCGCUCUGCCACCCCCUUCCCUCUGGUCAGCCUCUUCUUCAUGUUCAUUGGCUUCAUCCUGAGCAACAUCGGCCACAUUCGGCCUCACAGGACCAUCCUUGCCUUCGUCUCGGGGAUAUUCUUCAUCCUGUCAGGUCUGUCCCUGGUGGUGGGGCUGGUCCUCUACAUAUCCAACAUUAACGAUGAGAUGCUGAACAGGACCAAGGACUCAGAAACGUUCUUCAAUUACAAAUACGGAUGGUCGUUUGCCUUCUCUGCCAUCUCAUUCCUUCUCACGGAGAGCGCCGGGGUGAUGUCCGUUUACCUGUUCAUGAAACGAUACACGGCUGAGGACAUCUACCGACCUCACCCCGGCUUCUACCGUCCCCGUCUGAGCAACUGCUCUGACUACUCUGGGCAGUUCUUGCACCCAGACGCAUGGGCGCGGGGCCGCAGCCCUUCGGAUAUCUCCAGCGAGGCGUCCCUGCAGAUGAACAGUAACUACCCGGCUCUGCUCAAGUGUCCUGACUACGACCAGAUGUCCUCAUCGCCGUGCUGAGCCCUGCCACCCCUGUGCCCACUGCCACCCAAGCGCCAAUGGUUGCCACGUCCUAAUUCCAUUUGUCUUUUUUUUAAGCCGCUCUUUCAGGGCAAUUCUCUGUUUAUAGGAGCAUAAAUAUAACCAGAGAGAUUGGUUAUAUAACCAAUAAUGUAACGGAGAGAAUUGGGAUAUUUUCCUUUCUUUGUUUUUUUAAUUCUUCCCUGCAUAACUAAAAAUCUCUCCAAAGUCCUCUUGUUUCAGCUCAUCCUGCUGAGCAAACAGCAGUUCUGCUUGGGGGAUAAAUCCAGGGCUGGACUCAAGGGCAGAAAAAAGAAAAAUAGAGUAGAACUAAGAAAAAAAAAUAAGUGUAUUUUUGGGAGUUAGGUAGACUGCAAAAGUUUGUGCAUUUGGCUGUAUCAUUUAAUUAUAAAUCUAUGGGCCUAAGUGCCAGCAAGUGUAAAAGAUUUGUGUGAAUUUCCAAGAUAUAGCUAUCAUUAGAAAAAUAUAAAUUUUGUCUUGAUUCAGUAUUUACUGAUUGAUAUCUCUUGUUGCUGGAUAUCACUUUUAACCAGGCUGUAAAGGGAAAUAGCCAUCUUUUUCGACUAUACCUCAGCAGGCUUAGGCACAAGCAGGUCGUUGUUUGUCUGUGGCUACUUGCAAACUGUUGCUUAACUAUCCUCUGUCAGGCUGGAGGCACUACAGCCCUGGGGGGGUCUGGGCUCUUGGGUGGCUCAGGCAUCCACAUUUCCUCCUCCAUCCCAUCGAAUGGAGUUCUGAAGAGCAACUGAGAGAAUUUCAGGGCAGCAUCAAAUGAAAAACUACUUAAAACCUUCCCCUAGGAAACAUUAGGUGCAGAAUUUAGCAGAAAUUAUGGCCAGAAGUGCAACUUGGUUCAAUGAAAGGUGAGAUCCCAAACCAGUGUAAAGUGAUGUACCUGAAAUUAUGGCACUAGUCCAGCGUAGAAAAGUAGUUGGCAUAUAUUUCAUUUAGAAAGAAAAUGGUAUUUUAGCUGCUUUAUGUGUGUGUAUAAACGUUAUUUGGAGGUUUUGAUUUUUUUAAUUUCAUGGUUAGUGUUUUGCUUUUAGACAGCUGCCAGGAUAAGAGAGAGCAUCACUCGCAUUGAAAAUGAAGGGGACCUUGUAGGAGAAAGAGCUUUGUCCAAACUUUAUUUCUGUUCUUGUUAUUUUAAAACUUUCUGAAAAUUUCCUUUCUGCAAAACAAUACCCUCCAGGGAUUCUUGGUAUAUUUGAGCUUAAUUUUGUCUUACGGUAAUUAAAACAAAUAGAAUAUGCGCACUUUUAACUUCAUUUCUAGCAUAAUGUGUAAUGAAUGCCGUGCCUCUUUGUUGCUAUUUAAUAUAUAAUAUUUAAUAUUUGC